ACAGAUACUGGCUGGCCCAUUUCUUUGUGAUGGCUUCCGGCCUGCUGCUGCUACGCAGCCCCUCCUUCUCCUCCUCCUCCUCCUCCUCGCAGAGCCCCCACACAGAGCCAGCCUGGGAAAGAGAAGCUGGAAAGCAGCAGUAGCUCUAGCCGAUUUCCAUAGCUACGCAGGAGGCGGCAAGGGGACCAAGGCAGACGGGAAAGAGGGAGGGAGCCUCACAGAUGCCCCCCUUUGCCAAGCUAGGCGUCUGUUGUUCUUGGACGCUGGGAUAACAACGCCACCGCUUCGCCUCCUCCAGAAAAUGCUGCACAGGCGUCUCCACAGCAGCUUCCAGGACCAGGGAUGAGCUGAGAAUCAAGAGUGGGAGCCCUCUCUCUUCUCGACAACAGCAUCUUCCCUGGCUGGGCUCCUCUCCUGGCCUCUCCCCCACUCAUGGCCAAGAGCUGACGGGAAGAAGAGAGUAAGUCCCGGUGUUUCCUUCCACUGCCAAACACCAUGAUCCGCAAGAAAGCCUCGGCUCCGAGUCCCCCCGAUGCCAGCCUCCUGCUCAGCGGUGCCAAGGGCUCCUCCGGGGGCCACUUGGGCGAUGCCGGAGCCAUCCGAAACGGGGCCUCCACCGGCAGCUUCGAUGCGGAAGAAGAGGAUACGGUCUACAUUUACAACAGAGACGUAUAUGAUUCUUCCAACAGUCCCAGGGGAAAUUACUUCAGGGAUGGGAAAACGAAGAUUGACUUCGUGCUGGUUUGGGAGGAGAAAGCCCAUCCCUCAAAGAAAAAGCAUGGCAAACAGCUGCACCGUCAGGGAGAGGCAGCAACGGGCUCAAGAGCUGGCUGGGACCAACGCUACGGGCGGCACAAGAGAUGGAAGCGGAAAUUCCUCAAAAAUUUGAGGAACACUGGCCUCUUGAUAGAGAAGGAGGAGAUCCAGAGCGAACACAAGAGCAUCCACUAUCUGAAGCUGAGCACCCCCUGGGAGGUGCUGGUGUAUUACGCCGAGGAGCUCUGCAUGCGAGCACCUCUCCAAGCUCACCCCAAUCCAGACAGAAAUAGUUCCGACCACCUGCUUCGGAAGUUGUGCAUCCCCAACGUCAUGGAUCAGAGGGUGCCUAACAAGCCUGUGGACUACUACACCUGUGCCUUCCGCAAGUCCAAGCUCGACAGGUUCCUGGGCAGUGAUUUGCACAACUCCUACUUCACCAAUACGCAAAGGCAUCGCAUCGUGUAUGAAAUCUUGGCACGGACGAUUUACGGGAAACGGAAGCACGCGGAAAUAGGCAUCGACCGGCUGCUGAACGAAGGAGUCUAUUCCGCCGCUUUCCCGCUGCACGAGGGCCCCUAUGAGCUGCCAGACUACGAGGUGCUAAAUGAAGAACUGAACCCCCGGCAGAUCCUGUACCGUUUUUGGGCCCGCUGGGCUUGCUGGUACAAAUAUCAGCCCCUUGACCACAUCCGGGAAUACUUUGGAGAAAAGGUGGCCAUCUACUUCGCCUGGCUGGGCUUCUACACAGCCUGGCUGAUCCCAUCCGCAGCCAUUGGCAGCUUUGUGUUCCUCGCUGGCCUCUUCACCAUGGACAUGAAUGUGCCGGUGAAAGAGAUCUGCAACAGUGGGGGGGAAUUCCUCAUGUGCCCUCUGUGCGAUACUUGUGGCAACUGGAAUAUCUCCGAGAUCUGCCCCAUGGCAAAGGUUGGUUACCUCUUUGACCAUCCGGGAACGGUUUUCUUCAGCAUCUUCAUGUCCUUCUGGGCUGUGACGUUUCUGGAGUACUGGAAACGGAGAAACGCCACUCUGGCUCACCACUGGGACUGCAUGGACUUCCAAGAGGAAGAGGAACGUCCUCGCCCAGAGUUUGCUGCUAUGGCCCCGUGCCUGGAACAGAACCCCAUCACCGGACUGAAGGAGCCCCAUUUCCCCGAGCACGACCGACUAUCACGAAUCUUGACCGGAUCCAUGGCUAUUGUUAUCAUGCUCUGUGUAGUGAUGAUCUUUUUGGUGUCGGUGAUCAUGUACCGUGGGAUUGUCAGCACCGCAAUGUACCACACCGGGAACCGAGUUCUGAUGACGCAGGCAGGUAACAUUGCGAAUAUCAGCAGCUCCAUGGUGAACUUGGUGCUCAUUCUUCUCAUGAGCCAGGUCUACACCUCCUUGGCCGAUAAACUUACCAGAUGGGAAAUGCACCGGACUCAAACCCAGCACGAGGAUGCCUUCACCUUCAAAGUUUUCAUUUUCCAGUUUGUGAACUUCUAUUCGUCUCCUUUCUAUGUGGCUUUCUUCAAAGGCAGCAGGUUUGUGGGCUACCCUGGUCAAUACGGACAGCUCCUGGGCAUGAGGAACGAAGAUUGCGGUCCCGGCGGAUGCCUCAUUGAAUUGGCCCAGCAGCUGUUCAUCAUCAUGGUUGGGAAGCAGAUCGUCAGCAACAUCCAGGAAUUCUUCGUUCCAAAGCUGAAGGCUUGGCACCAGAAAAGGAAGCUGGCCAAGGUGCGAGGGGGACAGAUCUGCCAGGAGCCCAAACGGUGGGAGGAAGACUACGAACUGAUCGAAUGCGAAGGCCUCUUCGAGGAGUACCUGGAGAUGGUGCUCCAGUUUGGCUUCAUCACCAUUUUUGUAGCGGCUUUCCCACUGGCCCCUCUCUUCGCCCUGCUCAAUAACUGGGUCGAAAUCCGUCUGGACGCCCAGAAAUUUGUCUGCGAGUACCGCCGACCAGUGGCUGAGCGAGCCCAGGACAUCAGCGUUUGGUUCUUCCUCCUUGAGGUCUUGGCCCAAAUCUCCGUCGUUGUCAAUGCCUUUCUCAUCGCCUUCACCUCGGACUUCCUGCCACGGCUCCUCUACCAAUAUGAGUAUGACAGCCACCUCCACGGCUACGUGAACUUCACCUUGGCUUACUCCCCACCCGCUUACGUGCACAGCAACCAUACCAUGUGCAGGUACAAAGCCUUCCGCGAUGCUCAAGGGAACUACACCCUCUUUUAUUGGAAACUUCUGGCCAUUCGCCUGGGCUUCAUCAUCGCCUUUGAGCAUGUCGUCUUCUUCUGCUUGCGCCUGAUUGAUUGGCUGGUGCCAGACAUCCCCGAAUCCCUGGAAGUCAAGAUCAAGAGGGAGCGUUACCUAGCCAAGCAGGCACUGGCUGACAACCAGGAAGCACUGUUGACGACGGUGAGUGACGACUCUUCUCCCACCCCAGCAAGCAGCCUCUUAUCCAGCAGUGUGAAUUAGCAAUACCACGAGUGAGGUCGAAGCAUGGGCACCCGGGGCAUCCACGUUGAUCAGGAAGCGUCUUCUCUCGACAGCGUGAACAAUGCCAGCGGGGACAGGAGGGAGGCCCUUUCCUGCAACAGUCUUUGGAAGACCCAGAAGAUUGGAGUUUUUUCUGUGUUACCUGAGAUUGUCUCUCUCUCUCUCCACUUCUCUCUCUCCACUUCUUUCUCCAUUUCUUUCUUUCUCUUUCUCCCUCUCCCACUCCCUCCUUUUCCACCUUUAUCUCUCUCUCUCCGUCUCUCUCAUUCCCUCUCCCCCUCCCUCCGUCUCUCUCUCCCUCUCCCACUCCCUCCCUCUCCACUCUUUCCCUCUCCCAUUCGCUCUCUCUCCACUCUUUCCCUCUCUCCCUGUCUCUCUCUCCCUCUCUACUUUUUCUCUCCCACUUCCUCCCUCUCUACUCUUUCCCUCUCUCUCCUUGUCUCUCUCCCUCUCCAUUCUCUCCCUCUCACUCUCCCUGUCUCUCCCUCUCCACUCUCUCUCCCUUUCCAACUCCCUCCCUCUCCACUCUUUCCCUCUCUCCCUCUCUCUAUCCCUUUCUCUCUCUCUCCCACUCCCUCCCUCUCUAUCCCUGUCUCUCUCUCGCCACUUUUUCUGUUUCUCUCUCCCCCUCUCCCUCUCCACUCUUUCCCACUCUCCCUGUUUCUCUCUUUUUCCCUCUCCCUCUCCCUCCCUCUCCUCUCUUUCCCUGUCUCUCUCUCCCUCUCCACUCCCACCUUCUCUCUCCAUUUCUCUCUCUCCCUUCCUCCCUCACCCCUCUUCUCUCAGCUUCCCAGGCAAGGGGCUUCGGAGACCACUUCUGGGGCAAACCCACUCAGUCUCUGCUCUGAUUCCCUCCAGCCUUGGGCAAUCCUGUUGCCAAUGGCUUCUUCUCGGCAAUUCAGAUUUCAACCUAUGUCUGCAUCUCACCCCUUCCCAUCAAUACCUAGGCUUGCCUGGAGGGAGGGGAGGGAAACAGUCAAACAUUUGAGUCCCCCAAAAUGAAACUUCAAUCAAACCACCAGAAAUCCUGGUGGAAGGCAAGAGACAUGGGGGACGGGGACGAGGCUGUGGAAUGUGGGAGAUGUGGUGCUUUCCUACCUCCCCUUGUCCCACAGCUGUGGCUGAUGGCUCGGGGAGUGAAAGCCAACAUUCUUUUAGCACGAUUACGGUUCAGUCCUAAUCCCGUCUUUCUAUCUGCCACCACUAUUCAGAGUUGCUACUGUACAGCUUGUUAUCAUCAGGGGGUUUAAUAAAGUCUGGAAAUGAUA